UUUUCUCCCAUUCUCUCUUUCUCUUUCUCUUGUUUCUCCUGCAUUUUAUACUUGUUUGUGUGUUGAUGUUUCUUGUGUCUGAUGUUAAUGUUGAUCACCAGAUCUUCAUUAUGUACAAUAAACAUAUUAAUUCACCAAGUAGUUUCAUCUGUGAGCCUUUUUCUUUAAAUUUUCGUGAUCAAAAUGAUACAAAAUAAAAUAUUUUUCAAUCUCUACUUUUAAGGUAAGGUGACAUUCACUGUUGAAUUUGUUUACCUCUCGAUAUCUUCAUGUCCAAAGUAUCAACAGGGCAUCCUCAUCAUAGUCAUCACCACUUUCAACUGCAAAAGUCUUCUCAUCAACCAGAUACAAUUUCAUGCAAAAACGAGCCUUGUGUUAACAACUGGGAAGGCCAUUGGAUCAAAACAAAACUUCACACAGCCUAUUGUUCCAGCUGAGGUGGAUUGUAUUUUUUAGUCCAUUGAAAAUAGUCAACAAAACCAGAAUCUUCCUAAAAUAAUUCCAAGCCAACAUCAACUCAUUGGAAUAUUCCAAACCAUUUAUGUUUGAAUAGUAAAUAUUCAUAACCAAUGUUUAAUCCUCCUGUUAGUCGAUCUUUUGAUGACUCUGAAGCGCCAAAAACCUGUGGCAUUGUGCAAGCAUUUCCUCAGUGCUUGAAUAAUAUAUCCCGUUCUACACCAUCACAACACGCCAAUAAUAACCUGAACGGAAAUUCUAGCGCAUCAGAUGAACCAUCUAGACUAAAUUGUAUUCAGCGAGAAAUUGAAUGCUUAGCGCCUUCGUCAAAUCGUUAUUCGUCUUCCAAUUCACCGUCUAGCACUGUCAAUUCAUUAUUACCACCAUCAUCUUCAUCAUACAGUACCACAAACAACAUUAGUAACCACAACAGUUCAUUUAAAUGCGUUUCCCAGUCCUAUUCUCCACCACCUUCACCAACUCCAUUGCAUAAAAAUUCAAUUGGCACUUCGCCAAUCCCAUUAGCAUCAGGUCCAGAGGUUACCUCGGAUCCCAAUUGGCAGGCAACCAAGGCUAAUGUCCGUGAAAGAAAUGCUGCUAUGUUUAAUAAUGAUUUAAUGAGUGAUAUUACUUUCAUAGUUGGGCCCAAAGGUUGUCAACAGAAAAUACCAGCCCAUAAAUACGUUCUUGCCACAGGUAGUGCUGUCUUCUUUGCCAUGUUUUACGGUGGUUUGGCUGAGAAUAGGAAUGAAAUCGAGAUACCUGAUGUUGAACCAACUGCUUUUUUUGCACUUCUCAGGUACAUUUAUUGUGAUGAUAUCUGUUUGGAAGCAGAUUCGGUGUUGUUGACCCUCUAUGCUGCCAAAAAAUAUUUGGUUCCUCACUUGGCUCGUGCUUGCGUUGAAUACCUUGAAACAAGUAUAACUGCUCGAAAUGCCUGUGUACUCCUCAAUCAAUCAAGAUUAUUUGAAGAACCUGAUUUGAUGAAACAAUGUUGGGAAGUUAUUGAUGCUCAAGCUGAACUCGCCCUUUCUUCUGAGGGUUUUACCGAGAUUGACUUUUCAACCUUGGAAACUAUUUUGAAUCGAGAAACUCUCAAUGCUAAAGAAGCUUCCAUCUUUCACGCAACCCUUGACUGGGCUAAAAUGGAAUGUUCCCGACGAAAUAUUGAACCAACUCCGGGUAAUCAAAGAAAAAUAUUGGACAAGGCAAUCUUUCUGCUUCGUAUUCCGACCAUGACUAUUGAAGAGUUUGCCAAUGGACCAGCUCAAUCUGGAUUACUUAGUCUUCAAGAAACAACUGAUAUAUUCUUGUAUUAUACUGCUCGAAACAAGCCCAUCCUAUCUUUUCCCACAAAAAAGCGCCUAGGAUUGAAGGUUCAAAUUUGUCAUCGAUUCCAGUCAUCAGCUUAUCGUAAUAACCAAUGGAGAUAUCGAGGUCGAUGUGAUUCCAUACAAUUCACUGUUGACAGACGUAUUUUUAUCGUUGGUUUCGGUUUAUAUGGGUCAUCCAAUGCCUCGGCAGAUUAUAAAGUUAAAAUGGAACUGAAGAAGAUGGGAAAAGUUCUUGCAGAAGAUCAUACUAAAUUUUUCUCUGAUGGAUCGAGUAACACUUUUCGUGUCUACUUUCAACAUCCAAUUCAAGUUGAAGCAGAAACCUUUUACACUGCAUCAGUGGUCCUUGAUGGCAAUGAGUUGAGCUUUUUUGGUCAAGACGGAUUGAAUGAAGUUACUGUUGAUAAGGUUACAUUCAAUUUUCAUGUUUCAUCAGACAGCACCAAUGGAACUAAUGUUCAUGGAGGACAAAUCCCUGAAUUGUUAUUCUAUGGAGCUAGAGAUUGAUGAUUCUAAUAAAGUCAUUGAUGACACGUUACUUUCUUAUCUUGUCAAAAAAUGAUUCAGCCAAACUGUGCUGCUAUCCCCGAUUUCAUGCAUUUGAUCAUUCUAAUCAUCAUUACCCUUCAUUGUCUCUUCAUCCUGAAUGUGUUCUCAAUUUUGUAAAUUAUUCUGUGAUCUGUUUUACUUUCCACGGUUCUAUUCAAACUGUUUAAUCAAAUAACUUAUUUUAAUUCAAUAUUGUUUCCAAUUUACAACCUUUUAUAUCAAUUGUCCUUUUAUUCUGAUUUCCCUUCAAAUACCUCUUAUGAUCAGACUGUGUACAAUACUUCAAUAUCAUUGCACUCAAUUGUAAAUUAAAAUUACUCAAUGGAUACAAAGUCAUUUGAUUUCAAUUUCAAGUUUAAUCAACUUAACAGUGUUUUCUUAACCUUCAAAAGCCUUGUCAAUGUAAACUGUAAAUUGCUUUAAAUUUUUUGACACCAGUAAAUUGUAAAAUCACAGUGUUAUAAUAAAUUCUGUGGGAAAAA